AUGGCCACCUCCAAGCCACAAACCCUGACAGGUAAAAUCGCCAUCGUGACCGGCGCGUCACGAGGCAUCGGCGCAGGCAUCGCUCUCGAUCUGGCCCAACGAGGCGCCAAAGUCGCCAUCACAUACACCUCCGACACCAGCACCGCUCAGGCCGCCUCCCUCGUCCACCAAAUCAACUCCCUCCCCAACCACCAGUCCACCGCAGAAUCGCCCUCCCCCGUCGCCAUCAAAAUCCAAUCCGACCUGCGCGACCCAUCCUCCGCCUCCACCAUCAUCCAAACCACCCUCGCCGCCUUCUCGACCCCCCACGUCGACAUCCUCGUCAACAACGCCGCCGGCGACGUCAACGCCUCUCUCGCCGACAUCUCCCUCCCGGACUACGCCUCCGUCUUCGACCUGAAUGUCCGCGCGCCCCUCCUCCUCGCGCAGUCCGUCCUGCCCGUCCUGCGCCGCCCCGGCCGCAUCGUGAACGUCGGCUCCGUCGGCUCGCGCUGCGGCUUCGCCGGCCUGUCGCUGUACUGUGCCUCGAAGGCCGCGCUGGAGGGGUUCACGCGCUGCUGGGCCGCGGAGCUGGGCGCGUCGGGCCAUACCGUGAAUGCGGUGAACCCCGGGCCCGUGAGGACCAGUCUGAUUGACAAUAUCCCGCAGGAUUUGGUCCAGAUGCAGUUGAAGGCGACGCCUGUGGAGAAUCGGAUGGGCGAGGUCGAGGAUGUCGUCCCCCUGGUGGCUUGGUUGGCUGGGGAGGAGAGUCGUUGGGUUACGGGGCAGGUGUUGUCGGUUAGUGGGGGUUGGGCGAUGUAUUGA